UUUUUUUUGGAAUAGAGGUUUUGUAAUUCACUGCAGUUCAGUUCCUUUUAAUCCAGUACCAAAUAUCCUCUAAGCAGUGCUAAUUGCAUGAAAAUUUUAUGCAAGCGAUUCUCAUUUUUAGCAUAAUAUAUUCUCCUCUGGAAUGAAUGGAUAUUAAGCCCAAGCCCAAAUUCACUUGUUGGGGGGGUCGGGUGUUUUGGAGGUAUUAAUUGUGCUCCGACUGACUUUGUUCUUUCAGUGAACUAUCUCACUGCAGCUAAAAAAAUACAAAUUCUUCAUUCACAAGGAGGGAAGUGCUUGUAAGGCAGAUAUGGAUUUAGGAUAAGAAAGUUUACCACUGAGGAAAGGUGGGAGAAGGGGCAGAUAACCCCUCCAGAAUGUAUAAUUGGUGGUCUUUCAUCCAGUCCUCACCUUCCCGUUUCAUGCAUCCAAGACAAGUUCCUGUCUUGCCUUCUGCUCAGCCCUUGAAAAAAGGGAGAGAGGCACCACCAGGUCAAGUCGGUUUCUGUGCUAUUUUUAGCUUUUUCGUAAGAGGGUGACAGAUUACUUCGUUUCCAAAUAUUUCUAACGAUUUUCUGCUCAAGUGUAAGAAAAUGGAGCAAAGAGUUUGUAGAAAUGGCGAAGAGAAGUGGGGGGUGGGGAAGGCGCACUUGAUAAACGGUUUGUUGCUCACGGGAGGAUGAAAUAUUUCUGUGCGGUCUCCAGGCCGAGAUUUUUUUUCUUUACUUUUUUUUAAUUGAUUUUUUUUUUUUUUUGAGGAAAGUAUGGUUUUGACGACUUUUGUUUUGUCCUCCAGUGUUGAAGGCGUUUGCUGUGGCCUUGAAUCUUCCCAUUUGGUGUUUGUUCAAAGGAACGUGUUUUCCUCCCCCUCUGCAGGGUCGCCCUGUUUCACAAUAAACGUAACGAAGAGGUUCGGCACUGUUUAGUAUAAAAAGCCGCGAGGCUUUGGAAGGGUAUAUAUUUAGGGAACGCCCGCACCGGUCUCAUUUAUUUUUCUUGUGGGGGGGGGGCUCUGUGGAUUUUUGUCUUUUCAGUAGGUCCACCCGUCGGAUUGCUGGAUUGCUAGGAUCCUGCACUCAUUACAAACACACAUUUUCAAUUAAAGGGGGUGCAGGAAGAGUCUCGAAACGCACGCUUCCUUCCCAGAGGCUUUUCUGUCUUUUUGUGACUCGCUCCCCCUUCCGUCCUCGCUUCCCGAACUGGACCCCUCUCCCUCUGAGCCCGCUGCCCUUGAACUUGUCUAUGGUGGAGCAGAAGGCUCCGGCUCGCGACCUUCCCGCAGCUUCUUCCCCAAGUCCAGAUUUGUUGGGAUUAAUGCCUCGGACAUAAACUAUUCAGCUGGCCGCUAUGACCCAUCGGUGAAGCCCCCCUUUGACAUAGGUUUUGAAGGGAUUGGUGAAGUAGUGGCCUUAGGCCUCUCCGCUAGUGCCAGGUACACAGUGGGCCAGGCUGUGGCUUACAUGGGAUCUGGUUCCUUUGCUGAGUACACAGUUGUGCCUGCCAGAAGUGCGACUCCAGUGCCUUCAGUGAAACCAGAGUAUCUCACCCUGCUGGUAAGUGGCACCACUGCAUAUAUCAGCCUGAAUGAGCUUGGAGAACUGUCAGAAGGGAAGAAAGUUUUGGUGACAGCAGCAGCUGGGGGGACGGGCCAGUUUGCUGUGCAGCUUUCAAAGAAGGCAAAGUGCCAUGUAAUUGGAACUUGCUCCUCUGAAGAGAAGUCUGCUUUUCUGAAAUCCAUUGGAUGCGAUCGUCCUAUCAACUACAAAACUGAGCCGGUGGCAACGGUGCUCAAGCAGGAGUAUCCAGAAGGUGUUGAUGUGGUCUAUGAAUCUGUUGGGGGAGCCAUGUUUGACCUGGCUGUAAACGCAUUGGCCACCAAAGGGCGCUUGGUAGUGAUUGGGUUUAUCUCUGGCUACCAAAGUCCCACUGGCUUUUCACCUGUGAAAGCAGCAACAUUGCCAGGCAAACUGCUCAGGAAAUCAGCCAGCAUCCAUGGCUUCUUCCUGAACCAUUAUUUCUCCAAGUACCAGGCAGCCAUGGAGCACUUGCUCAAGCUGUAUGCAGGUGGGGACCUGAUCUGCGAGGUGGACCUGGGAGACCUGUCUCCAGAGGGCAGGUUCACUGGCCUGGACUCCAUAUUCCGGGCUGUCGAUUAUAUGUACAUGGGGAAAAACACUGGAAAAAUUGUAGUUGAAUUACCUCACUCUGUCAACAGUAAGCUGUGAAAAUAGAACAAUGAUACAAAUCAAAGGAAAAAGAAAACGACCCCUUUAUGCCUCAGAAUUACUCAAAUCAAUUUAUUUUUAGUUGGUAAUGGAUAUAACAUUCUUAAACAAAAGUAAGGUGUUAAUAAAUAAUCCCCCAUACACACACACCCUGCUUCUACCUUGGAAAAAAAAAUUCCAAUAAAAGUUCCCUCUGUGGCUAAGAGGUAAAACGGUUAUAUUCGAUUCUUUACUCAUGGACGGUCUCAUUCCAGAUUUUAUUGUUCCAGGGAAGUAAAUUAAUUCCUGAUGCAGGACCUGAUGGAAUCAGUAUGUCCUCAGCUUGAUGAGGUUUUAAAAUCAGUCUUGAGAAUAGUUCACAAAGUCUUCUCUGCUCUGGGAGAGCUUGCUCUUGUGCUGAUAGGUGGUUCACAAGUGAGAGGUUAGCAAAAGGCAGCCAUGUAUUUUCACAGCCCAUGUGCUCAGGAAAUAGCCUCUUUUUUUCCAUAAAUCACUAACCAACUAUCUAACUAGACAUUUGGGGGAGAAUUCUCCCCAAAAUUUGAGCUUGCUAAGGUAUGAGAAAAAUGAUUCAGCAAACACAGAUGUAUCUUAGAGAGGUAUCUGUUAUUAUACACAGUCAUCGUGGUAAGACAUGUGGAGUAGAAAAACUCCCUUUUCUUUUAAGAAACAAAUUGGUAUUGGAAACUUACAUAUAGACAGAAAGGUUUUAGAAAGGGGUACUACAGAAUUAAGAAGGCUUUUUAAAAAUUAGUAUAUGCACAAGAAAGGGAAAAAAGAUAGAUAUGCUCUUUUCACAGACGCAUAUACCACAGCACAGAACACAGUACUCUUCCUGUUCCUGCAUACUCAAGUCACACGGCUCCAUGCACUACAGAGACCUAAGUCGUCUUUGAUCUCUGGUUGUGGAAACUGAUCUCAGCAGCCUGAGUUCCCCCUUCACUUCUCCAGUGUUCUGGUGGAAUGAAUCACCUUUUGUGCCAGUCACCUCAUGGUUCACACACGUCUGUAAACCACAUGCAAAAGGUAACUGUGAUGUGUGCCCUUCUCUCCCGAUCAUGCCAUAGCUGGCCCACUGGUCCUUCACCUUCAAAGCCCAAACGCUGCUGCCACCUUCAUCAUGAAGUCAAAAUCCCACAGUGCCUUUCCAGUGCAAGGUGAAGUCCACCGGGUUAUUUUUCAGAGUCUUGGGUUUCAGUACAUCCAACGUCCUCAAUUAAUAUGAGCUGAGUUAAAGAUGCUCCAGGAAGCUGGGGGCCAGAUUUCAUCCUUUCCUUGCAUCUGAGGGGCAAGGAAAUCCUAACUGUUGGCAUCUGUGUUACGAGAUUUACUCAUUUUCAGGUACCUAAUGUAGCUGCCAGCAUGC